UUCGGGCGGGUUUAGUUUUCGGAUACGGAAGAGGAAGGAGCUAUGUUUUGAAAGCAUUGUCAGAAGUUUAGAAAGUUACGAAAAGGGGACUGUUGAAAUAACUUUACAUGACAUUAUUUACAUAGGGCAGUGAUACUAUUAAAAUACACCCUCAUUCUAUUUUAACAACGUGCGUGUCACUAAUUGAAGGAAGGCAGUUUGGGAGAGGUAACUAACUUCGCUACGUUAAUAUCUAGCGUGUGCUUGCUUUGACAACUAGUUAAACGUUUUUGAAUGGUAUUACUUGACUGUUGCCAAGAUGGACAUACAACACCGGCAGCGUCCGGUCAAACCGGACCAGAGUUUUUGGGACAACCGAAGACUGUGGACCGCAAGGAUUUUCUCCAUGUUCUGCUGUGCGAUGGUGGUGUCGGUCGUUGCAGUAUUCUGCGCCUUUGUUUACCUCAUCUUGAAAGAGAUGCGGAAUGAGAGAGUGAUUGGAGAGGAUGGCUCAGAGGUUAGACUCCUAGGGUUCUGGAGUGUUCUGGUCAUGUCAGUGUUAGCAGGGUUCUGCUGCUGUAGCUUCACAUGGACCAUCACCUACUUUGACUCUUUUGAGCCUGGCACGUUCCCCCCAACGCCCCUGUCCCCUGCCCACCUCAGGCAGGUGACAGGUCACUCCUUCCAUAUGGGCUACAGUGUGGCGGUCCUAAAUGGCAUUGUAGCGGCGAUCACCAUCAUCUGGAGCCUCACCUGACCUUACCCACAACCCCCUGUUCUACCUGACCUUACCCACAACCCCCUGUUCUACCUGACCUUACCCACAUCCCCCUGUUCUACCUGACCUUACCCACAUCCCCCUGUUCUACCUGACCUUACCCAC